GACGUUUACUGUAGCAAGCUUUUCACUGAACCCUUCUGUCUAAGCUUCUUCUCUUUCUUCAACGCUCUACUGGGGCACCAGAGGGCCUCUUUGUAGGAGAGAAACACCUCUGAACUCAGCAGCAAGAUUGAUGUUUAUAUCUGAACAGUGAAGCCAAAGCCCACCCAGAGGAGGGGGCUUCUUGGGGGCAUCUGCGGGUCAUAUAAACCUCCCCGACAGUGGGAGAGCUUUUAGUUGGCAGCUCAGUGAAGAACUGAGACAGAGCAAGAAAUAGAAGGAGCACCAGCAAUCAGGAAACAGCAAUGGCAUCUUUAGGGCUGCAGAUUCUGGGCGUCGGGCUGGCAGUGCUUGGUUGGAUUGGAAACAUACUGAUUUGUAUGCUGCCGCUGUGGAAGGUGUCUGCUUUUAUUGGGAACAACAUUGUGGUGGCUCAGACCAUCUGGGAAGGACUGUGGAUGACAUGUGUGGUGCAGAGCACGGGCCAGAUGCAGUGCAAGGUCUACGAUUCCCUGCUAGCCCUGCCUCCGGACCUCCAGGCAGCUCGGGCCAUGGUGGUCAUCGCCAUCCUCUUCUCUCUUUUCGGCCUGCUGCUCUCUGUGGUCGGAGGGAAAUGCACCACCUGCAUUGGGGACAAGGCAGCAAAAGCUAGAGUGGCCAUCUCCGCAGGGGUUUUCUUCAUCCUGAGUGGUGCUCUGUGUCUGGUGACCGUGUCUCUGCCUGCUAAUACUAUCAUCAAGGACUUCUACAACCCCAUGGUUCCAGACGCCCAGAGGAGGGAGUUGGGUGCGUGUUUGUACAUGGGCUGGGGAGCAUCAGGACUACUGCUGAUCGGUGGUGCUCUUCUCUGCUGUCAGUGCCCGUCAGGAGGAGACCGCUAUAAUGGAGCCAAGUACUCCGCGCCUAAAUCCACAACACCCGGGAAGGAAUUUGUCUGAGUUGCUGCAUUACAUUAGAGGCAACAGCUUUUGAAAAAGCACCUGAUUUUACUCAAAGUACAAACCGGUUACUUAUCAAGUUGUGAUUUGCAUAGUGACUAACCUUUUUUUUUUUUUUUUACUAACAAACUGGGGCCUAUUGUUUCUGAAACAUACAAGUGACUCCAAGGUAUGUGCCAUGUUAGGAUUGCAGAUUAAUUUCUUUUUACGUUGUUUUGUAUUAGAAUGUCAAUAUUAAUUCAAUCUGCCUCAGACUCCUGA